GCACGGCACAAAUAAUAUGGGCUGCCACCUAGGUACAUUGAUGGUGACGAGCCCAACUGGAAGGGGUGUGCCCGUUCUGGAUUUCCUUGCCGUCGAUCAUCAAGCUGAGACGACGGAGGCUAUCCUCGAGUUUUUCAAACGGCAAAACAAUAGCUGGACUCAGAUCGAGACGGUCGUCAUCGAUAAGGACUUCACAGAGUGGAAGGUUUUGCUGAAGUGCUUCCCACACGCGGAAGUAUUGCUGUGUCAAUUUCACGUGUAUGCCUACUGGAAGAAGCUCGUAAAAAACGACUCUAUGCCCCGAAAGCAGAGUAUGGUGAUGCCAUCUUGAAGUAUCUGAUAAAGAUGAUCUACAGCCGCUCUGAGCGCGCGUUCGAUG